GCCCGACCCGAAUAAAAAAGAAAGUACGGAAGCUAAACCCUGCCCGACUCAUGGCUUUUCCAAUUUCUGUACCCGAACUCUGACCUUGGAUCGAUUGGCCAAAAGAAAAACCCUCUCGAACCCUAAGCGACCUGAACUCCAGAAAAAAACGAGUUAGUAAUGGAUUCCGCAACAACAACGGUGGCGAGGGAAAAGCCCAUUAUUUUUCGAGCUACGGCUCCAGUUGGUAAGACGAUGGUGUUCAGGAAUAUCUGGUUGAUCAUCAAACCCACCCCUCAGAAAGGAAUCUUCGAAAUGUUCAAUGACAUAGGGCUACCGGAUGAUAAGGAACGCCUUGGAACUGCUCUUCUGGGGUCAAGUUCUACCUUUGUCAAAUCCUCCUUGUAUGCAGUAGGUGGCCGAAAACCCAACAGUGAUGAGUUGAGCAGUUCCAUCCGCUAUCUUGACACCGAUAAGCUUUCCGAGGGCUGGAAGGUCGGCCCCCUACCAUCUUCUUCUUUUGAUUCUGUCCUUGGCGUUUAUGAUGAUUCCAUAUAUAUACUUCCCGAGAACAAUGAUUGGAAGAUUUACUAUACUGAGGAUCAGCAGCAUCAGCUUCCCGAAUUUAUUGGUGAGACUAGCUUUGCAGCAUCCAAUGGGAGACUGUACAUCUUAGAGUGGGAUAGAGUGGUCCGCCUAGUUCCCGUGGCCGAUGACAAGCUCUGUUUUCUGUGGCUUGGCUCCGUUUCUUAUGAAAAUGAAAAUAUGUGGCCUCCUGUUCGAAUCCUUCACUAUCUCAAGGUUAAGUUUUCCAUCAAUCCUAAUCCUUCUAACUCAGAGGUUAAGGUUGAGAAGGACAAAGGUUUUCAUAAAAAUAUCACUAAUUUAUUAGAUUGCCUGCCAUGCUUGAUUUCUGGCGAACCAUUUCAAGAUCAAACGGAGGACAUUGCUUCCCCUGAAGAAAAAGGAAAAGGAAAAAGAAAAAGGACUCAGCUUGUAGAUCCAUUAUCACGUCAUGAACAGAAAAGGACCAAGGAGGAAGUAAGAGCUCUUAAGACGGCGGAAGUAAGGAAAGCUCGGCUUAAGGCGGAAGUAAGGGAAGCCAAGCUUGAGGCGGAAAUGUGGGGAACUUGGGUUCAGGGGCAAGUAAGUGGAGAAGCAUCAAAAUAGAUUUAACAAAUUGCAGGUUUCGCA